AGAGAAGUAUUAUUCAUUGGGAACCCAAGUUUUUAGUACUCUCUCUCUUCUUCUUCUUCCCCUUCUCUUUCUCUCUCUUCCUCUGGCAUUCAUCGCGUGCAUUCUGCUCACAAUCCCACCCAAAACAAACAAAAUAUCCUCUCUUUCUCUCUCUAAUAUACAGUAAUUACUUUUUCUUUCCUGUUUAAUCAUCAGAAAUAAACCCAGAACUAUAUUAAACCACCAUUCUUUCUUUCUUUCUUUCUUUAUAAAAAAAAGAAUAUGAUGUAGUAGUAGUAGUAAAUAAAUUAGUACUUAGUAGUAGUAAUUAAAAAAUGUUCUGUUUCUUCCUUUUGUUUUAAAAAAGAAAGGUGGUCUGUAAAAGAAGAAAGGAGGAAAACUAGCACAGAGAGAUGACGACAACUAUCACUUAAUAACCCAGUGGUUAUUUCUUAGGAUUUUGCUGUAAAAAGGCUGUUUCUCUUUUUUGUGUAAGCUUGAAAUCCGGGAGCUCUCUCCCUUUUGCCAAAACCCCAUAAUAUAACUCACUCUACUACUACUACUAUUAUUUUCUUCUUUUUAUUAACUAAUUAUUUUACUUGCAAGUUUUUUUUUCUUCUUUUUCUAGUUUCUAGAGAGAGAAAAUCAUGGAGAGUAAUGGUAAUGGUCAUGGUCAUGGUAAUAAUAAUACUAAUGCUUCAUGUAUGAUGAUGGAAAAUGGGUUAUAUUCUAUGAUUAUGAUUCCACCAUUAUCUCAUCAACAUCAUCAACAUCAACAUCAUCAACAUCAACAUCAAAGUCAUAAUUCACAUCAUGAUAACAACAGCCAUAACAACAACAACAAUAAGGUGUGUUGUUGCUCUUCAUCAGCUUGUUCUUCUUCAGUUGCUGCUGCUGCUGCUGCUGCUGCUGCAAGUGGAUGUUAUGAUCUUCAUCAUCAUCAUCAUCAACUGAUGGGAAUGGAGAACCAAACUCAGAAUGUUAACAACAGUAGUAGCAGUACUGGGAAUAUUAAGGCAAAGAUUAUGUCUCAUCCUCAUUACCCUCGCCUUUUAUCUGCCUAUGUUAGCUGUCAAAAGGUGGGAGCACCACCAGAAGUGGUGGCGAGGUUAGAAGAAGCAGAAACAAUGGCAAUGAGUCAUGGUGGUGGCGGAAGAAGCGGCGGAGGAUACAUAGGAGAAGAUCCAGCUUUGGAUCAAUUUAUGGAAGCUUAUUGUGAGAUGCUUACUAAAUAUGAGCAAGAAUUAACCAAACCUUUUAAAGAAGCCAUGCUUUUUCUUUCAAGGAUUGAGUGCCAGUUUAAAGCCCUAACUCUUUCUUCACCUUCUGAUAAUUCUCUUUCUUCUGCAGCUUGUGGUAAGGUUCCUGAUAGAAAUGGAUCGCCUGAAGAAGAUAUUGAUGUAAACAAUAACUAUAUUGAUCCUUCGGCAGAAGAUAGGGAGCUGAAAGGCCAACUGCUUCGCAAGUAUAGUGGAUAUUUGGGAAGUCUGAGGCAAGAGUUCUUGAAGAAAAGGAAGAAAGGAAAGCUUCCUAAAGAAGCCAGGCAACAAUUGCUUGAUUGGUGGAGCAGGCACUACAAAUGGCCAUACCCAUCAGAGUCCCAGAAACUUGCCUUAGCGGAGUCGACGGGGUUGGACCAAAAGCAGAUAAACAAUUGGUUCAUCAACCAGAGGAAAAGGCAUUGGAAACCCUCUGAAGACAUGCAGUUUGUGGUAAUGGAUGCUGCUGCACAUUCUCAUGCUCAUUCUCACUAUGGUUACAUGGACAACGUCCUUGGUAAUCCUUUCCCCAUGGAUGUCUCCCCGACGCUUAUGUAAUGGCCAUGCAUGAUCAUUAGGAAUAAUAUAAUCACUUCUUUUGCUUUAUUAAUGAUUAAUUAUGGUAUUGAUAAUAUAUAAUUAUUGUACUAAAAACUCAACAAUGGAUCUAAUAUGAACUCGAUAUUGUGAUAA